AUGGCCCCACUACGCAUCCGCAAGGCACUCAUGAAGGCAAACCCGGACUAUGGGUCAGUUUACAUGUACAAGAACGACAUAUUGGACGGUUUAUACCGCAUCCGACUGUCAACUACCGGUGCACUCAAGCUUGGGGUCAUUAUACCGCGUUUUGAGGGACUUCCACAAUUGGUUGCACUGCCACUUGUGCUUCCAAUGGGUUGGACAGAAAGUCCUCCAUGGUUCUGUGCUUUCACGGAAACCGUUGCCAACUUAACAAAUAUUGACUUGCAACAAAACAAGCAAGUGCCACCGCAUCCCUUGGGAAGGGCAGCAGCCAUCACUGACUUUGAAGUGAGGGACACACAAGUUGUGAGACCUAUACCAAAAUCUCACCAGCCACUGAUUUACCAGCGCCCAUUGAAAAAGAUGGAAGUAUUUGUGGACAAUUUUGUUGGAAUGGGCCAAGACCAUCCAAGCAAUCCUUUUAAAAAAAAACAAGCCGUCCUCAGCCACAACAUUGACAAGGUUUUCCGACCAAAUCGACCCACUGACAAUCAGUGGCGAAAAGAGCCACAGUCACAAUUGAAAAUGGCCAAGGGAGAUGCCUCUUGGCACACAGUCAAAGAAGCCUUGGGUUGGAACUGGGGAGCGACAACAAAGACAUUGCAAUUGAAAGAGAAACGAGUGAGCAAGGCCCUGUCACUCCUGGGCAAGGUCUUGGAUUGCAAACGCGUCUCCCUGAAACGAUGGCAGCAGGUGGUGCGUUUGACUCCUGAGGUCCGUGAGCAACUGGAAAUCUUCCAAGAUGCAAAGCGCCCCACAACACUUGAAGAACUGGUACCAGGCGUUGACUUUUACGUUGGCACUUGCGAUGCGGCAAAGUUGGAAAGGGGAGCAGUGUGGUUCACAGACAAUGGAGAGGCCAUCGUCUGGCGCGAACCAUAUCAAGAAGCAGUGAAAAAAGAGGUCAUUUCAUAUCACAAUCUGACAGGAAAACUUACCGACUCAGACUUGGAGCUGGAAGGCACCGUUCUCCAUCAUUUUGUCCUUGGAAAGACCGCCCAGGUGGAAGGCGAAGCCACUUAUACGGGCUGUGACAAAACAGCAGCAGUGUUGUGGAGCACAAAAGGAUCUUCCACCUCUCAAAAGGCAAGAGCAAGAACAUUACGGUUAGCGGCAGGAUUACAGCGGGAACAAAGAGCACAUCAUCAUAUUGGGCACUUAUCUGGAACAAACAUCAAAUGGCCGACAAUGCUAGCCGACUGUGGCACUCAUAUUUUAAUUGCACGUAUCCACAGAUCAACUCUUGGCAACUUUACAGGAUGGCAAACGCCGUGA